AUGGACCAGUCCGUCCAGCUCCGCCAGGUCCCCAACUUCCGCGACGUCGGCCUGACCGUCAACCGCUUCCUCGGCCGCAAGCUGGUCCGCGAAGGCCUCUUUUACCGCUCCGCCAGGCCGGAGCAAACAGAUGCCGCCUGCCCAGAGGACAGAGCCCUGCUACGAGAUCGCCUCGGCAUCAAGACCAUCAUAGACUUGCGGACCGACACCGAGCUCCGCCAGCAGGCCAAGAAGCAGCAGCAGCAACGGCCAGACCUGUACUCGCCCCCGGCCUCCUCCUCGUCGUGGGCCAAGGUACCCGCCCCGACCUGGUCGUCAAGCUCUCCGCGCAUCGAGGGCAUCGGCUACCUGCCCGUCAACAUCAUCGGCCGCCCCGUAGAGCGAUAUCUCAUGAGCCAGCUGACCUGGUGGGCCUUUAUCAAGACCAUCUGCCUCUUUCUCCUCGGCUACCGCCUGCACGUCACGCGCAUCAUGGCCUCCGAGGUACUCGUCCCCAUCGGCCUCCUCGGCCUCGGCAAGGCCGCCCUCGACCACGCCGGCGCCGAGAUCCGCCAGGUCCUGUCCCUCUACACCCACCCGCAGGCGACGCCCGCCUUGGUCCACUGCACGCUGGGCAAGGACAGAACAGGCCUCGUCUGUACCCUCAUCCUCCUCAUCCUCGGCGUGCCUGUCGCGGCCAUUGAGCACGACUACUUCCUCACCGACGACGCCCUCGUCUCGGACCGCGCCGAGAGGCUGGUCGAGGUGCGCAACGCCGGCUUCUCCGACGAAUGGGCCGGCACCGCCGACAACAUGAUUGUCGGCACCGAGAGCCAUCUGGCCACAAAGUACGGCGGCCUCGACGCCUACCUCGACCACAUCGGCUUUGGCGGAUACGAGCGUGCCAAGCUCCGCAAGGCGCUCUUAUACUGA